CAAUCUACUUAAAGAAAAUAUCAAUCCUGACGAUAACCAAGACAACGACGAUGCAAUUCCUGUUGAUAAUGAUAACAUGAUUGUUGAGACUGCGAAGCGUUCCGCAGUUGCGACGGUGUUGAACGGCAGCCGUCGCCGUCGUCAGCCGACGCCCGCGCUCGGUAAGGCCGUCACGCCGUAUGUCGGCGUCGGUGUUUUGAACGAUAUGGACAACUUCUUCGAUUUCCUGCGCGACAACUUGGACGGUUUGAAUUCCAUACCUUCGCACCAAGGUUCCAAUACAUUCCGAGAGACGCCGAACGUCCUACAAAUACCAUCUUCAGGAGCCGGCGGGACCGGCAGUGGUAUGAGGCGACUGCAAGCGCUGCGCCCGCUGCGCCCUGCCGGACAUAUCAGAUCCUACAACCGCAGAUCUUUCGUGGAGAGUGAGGAGUACCCCAGGGCUAACAACCAUGACCCAGGCCUGCUGUGGACGGGACUCGGCCGCCGGCCAAUCAUCGAAAACAACGCGGUUACCGGUGUUGCGUCUAGAAAUUAUCAUUCAAUCAAACCGCCACAAGUUAAACUGCGUUCAUAUGAAUCUAGAGUGAAAAAUAAAAAAAUGGAAUCUAAAACAAUUUAUGAUAACUGUUCACCUUUUUGGGAUAAUUAUUUUUAUAUAAAUAAUAAAUCUUAA